AGCCACGUCCCGCACGUAGCGCCCCGGCAGCGGCAUACAGCCGCAGGUUGGCGCCGGGAGCUCCGGCUCCUCCGGCGGGGCUCGGUAUGAAGCUGGCAAGGCUGCUGCGGGGCGGCACGAGCGUCAGGCCGCUCUGCGCCGUCCCCUGCGCCAGUCGUAGCUUGGCCUCGGCCUCGGGCUCCGGGCCGGCGUCGGAGCUUGGCGUUCCGGGCCAGGUGGACUUCUAUGCGCGUUUCUCGCCGUCGCCACUCUCCAUGAAGCAGUUCCUGGACUUCGGAUCCGUGAAUGCUUGUGAGAAGACCUCGUUUAUGUUUCUGCGACAAGAGUUGCCUGUUAGAUUGGCAAAUAUAAUGAAAGAAAUAAGUCUCCUUCCUGAUAAUCUUCUCAGGACCCCAUCCGUACAGCUGGUACAAAGUUGGUAUAUCCAAAGCCUUCAGGAGUUGCUUGAUUUUAAAGACAAAAGUGCUGAAGACGCUAAAACUAUUUAUGAAUUCACAGACACAGUGAUAAGGAUCAGAAACCGGCACAAUGAUGUCAUUCCCACCAUGGCCCAGGGUGUGACUGAAUACAAGGAGAGCUUCGGGGUGGAUCCUGUCACCAGCCAAAAUGUUCAGUACUUUUUGGAUCGAUUCUACAUGAGUCGAAUCUCAAUUAGAAUGCUACUCAACCAGCACUCUUUAUUGUUCGGUGGAAAAGGAAGUCCAUCUCAUCGAAAACAUAUUGGAAGCAUAAAUCCAAACUGCGAUGUAGUGGAGGUCAUUAAAGAUGGCUAUGAGAACGCUAGGCGGCUUUGUGAUUUGUAUUAUGUUAACUCUCCUGAACUAGAACUUGAAGAACUAAAUGCGAAAUCACCAGGACAGACAAUACAAGUGGUUUAUGUACCAUCCCAUCUCUAUCACAUGGUGUUUGAACUGUUCAAGAAUGCAAUGAGAGCGACCAUGGAGCACCACGCGGACAAAGGCGUUUAUCCCCCGAUUCAAGUUCACGUCACCCUGGGUGAGGAGGACUUGACUGUGAAGAUGAGUGACCGGGGAGGCGGUGUUCCACUGAGGAAGAUCGACAGACUCUUCAACUACAUGUACUCAACCGCACCCCGGCCUCGUGUUGAAACGUCCCGUGCGGUGCCCCUGGCUGGGUUUGGUUACGGAUUGCCCAUAUCACGCCUCUAUGCACAGUACUUCCAGGGAGACCUAAAGCUGUAUUCCUUAGAGGGCUACGGGACGGAUGCCGUUAUCUACAUUAAGGCUCUGUCGACCGAAUCCGUCGAGAGACUCCCUGUGUAUAAUAAAGCUGCCUGGAAGCAUUACAAAGCCAACCACGAGGCUGAUGACUGGUGUGUGCCCAGCAGCGAGCCGAAAGACAUGACCACAUUCCGAAGCUCUUAAAUGCACACGGACACCUGGCACAUCCACAUGUGGUUUCUGCUAAAUUUGGAUGACAUGUAUUUGGAACCACACUGUACCAAAUAUGUCACGUGUGAUCUUCACAAUUAGUGUUUGCUAAAGCUCCUGAAGGAUCAGUUAUACCAACUGUAUUCUGAUAUGUUUGGUUGAUUGGGUGUGGUUUUUGAACCCACAUAAGUUUGGUCAACCUCCCUUGGUAUGAUAUGGAGUGCAAAGUUCCUGGUUUCUGUAGAAGCUGAGUAUUUCUUUCAAGUUUUCACUUAUGUCUGCUAGAAGCAUCUGAAGGAUGUGGAAUAGCUAGUUAUCGGCCUCUCUGCUUUUGGAGUUUUGCCAUCUGUGAGUGGUGACACCUAAUCAGAUGGUCUUCUUAUCUUCCACGAAGAACAACACAGUGGUCCAUUAGAACCCACACAAAUUGUAUGAGUGCUGAAAUUAAUUGAUCAUGGCAUCGUUGUAUUGCAGUGGAUUGUAAUGACUGGUUCCCCAUGGAGCUAAGUCCAGAGCACGAUUAUCAAGUUUACAGUCAACACAAGGGAUUUUCUUUAAAAACAAAGUCUCACUGUGUAGCCCCAGCUGGCCUUGAGCUUACGAUGCCCUUGGUGUCCUGAGCGCUGUGAUGAGAAGGGUGUGUCACCACAUCUGGCUUAUAAGAGAAGUGUUAUUCCCCAAACAAGCCAAAUGGCAGCAGAGAAUAAACUCUGAAGCACCAAGUGGCCCAGGCCGAGCUGACUGACUGUUGAGAUGAUCUGAUGGAACUUUUGAUGAGCAUGAGAUUCUCUGGGUCCAACCCAGGUAUCCAGAGGCUGUAGGCCAGGGACGAGGUGAGACUCAUGGCUGGCUGGCUGGAACUAUAUUUGGGAGUGAGUUGUGACUACUGCUGUUGCCAGAGUGACAGACUAGAUUGGGAAGCUUGGGUGAUCCAUUUUCAGGUCGGGUUGCUACACAUUAGGGGACAUAAUCUGAAUCUAAAGCAUUAGCAGGGAGACCAGGGUGGCAGCGAGAGGUCAGGUGACCAAAGGCUCAGCCACCUUGGUUUUCAGUGGUGACUAAGGACAUGUAAUUUUCUAAAACAUCCAGAUUUUUUUUUUUUAAAUCAAAGAAAAGCCAGCUUAUAUUGAUUCCAGAAUUCAUUUGCAGCUGUGUGAUGAUUUAAAGUGCAACAAAUGCUUUGAAGUAUUGCUGUUACUUGUGUUAAAAUGCAAACCUAUGGAGCGGGUAAUGCCACCUGGGUUCUCUCAGUGACCCAAAGUCACACAGAAUUGGAGCCACAGUCUGAGCUGUCUCUGCUGAUCACUAUCCACUUUCUGGGAUAUUCUUUUUUUUUUUUUUUUUUUUUUUUUUGGU